AUGGUGAACAAUAAAAUCGUCAAGGUCGGCAUCAUAGGAUGUGGCCAGAUCACUCAGGUCGCGCAUAUCCCCACGCUGGGUUUCCUCUCAGACUUCUUCGCCGUCACCUACUUGUGUGAUGUAUCACCGGCGUCCCUCGCUUACAAUGCGCAAAAGAUCAUCAACCAUGUACCUCAGACGACCCAAAUGCCUGCUGAACUGUGUGCCUCGCCGAAUGUUGACCUGGUAUUUAUCGCCAGCUCCGACGAGUAUCACGCCGUUCAUGUCAUCGAAGGGUUGAAACAUGAUAAACAUGUCUUCAUUGAGAAGCCAAUGGCAUUGUGUGAGAGGGAUGCUGACGCCAUUAUCGCUGCAGAGGAAAGAUCCAAAGGUAAAGUUAUGGUAGGGUACAUGCGACGGUAUGCUGCGGCUCUCUUGGACACCCUUAGGGAAAUUGGCGGAAUGGAUAAGAUUCUCUAUGCCCGUGUACGAGAUAUAAUUGGUCCGAACAGUCAUUUUGUAUCGCAAUCAGGAACAUUCCCGAAAGUGUUCACUGACAUCAACCCCGAGGCCACGGAGGACAGGAGAGCUAAGGAGUCGGAUAUUUUGAAUCAAGCCUUAUCGGUCGAAUGUGGAGUACCAGUCUCACCAGAAUCAGCACGCAUGUGGCGAUUACUAGGUGGGCUGGGGUCUCAUGAUUUGUCGACAAUGCGAGAAGCACUAGGAAUGCCCCAAGGUGUAAUUGGUGCCUCGUUGGGAUCUCCUUUUUGGAGCGCGAUGCUUCAAUACCCAACGUUCUCUGUGACGUACGAGUCAGGCAUUGACCAUGUCCCGCGUUUCGAUGCCCACAUUGAGGUGUAUAGUAUGACGAAAUCCGUCCGCGUCGUCUAUGACACUCCCUAUGUCAAGGGCCUACCAGUAACGAUGCUUGUCCGUGAGAAUAUCGACGGAGUUUACAAGGAGACCACAGUGCGAAGGACGUACGAGGAUCCAUAUACUCUCGAGAUGAAGGAGUUGUAUGAGAUGGUGGUACACGGAAAAGAAGUCAAAACAACGGCGAAAGACGCGAAGGAGGAUCUAAAGGUUUUCCAAAUGAUCAUGAAGGCUGGACAAACAAGGAGCUUGUAG